AUGUGUUUAUUGAUUUUCUUGUAGUUACUCGUUAUAUAUUCAACGAGUGUUUUACACUACUCGUCGCAUUGCAACUGUCAUAUUCCGCGAAUCUUACCUCACAGUCGACCAAGUGGAAAAAGCAUACAAAAUGGCUCUCCGUGGUUUCAGCAUGUCCAUGCAGCGUCAGCUGUUGAAGCAAUUGCUUAAAAAUACCCAAACUGGAAGCAUUGCAUCCGUACAUACAUUGGAUAAAAUUGGCAACCGCGAAAUCGUCGGUUACGGCUGGAACGGUACCGCUUGCUACGCCGAUCGCACAGACUACCCAAUGCCGGCCAUUCGUUUCCGUGAGCCCAACAAUGAAAUUAAGGCUCUGCGCGAAAAGGAGAAGCAAGAUUGGAAAAAAUUGAGCCCUGAGGAAAUUAAGGCUUUAUAUCGUGCCAGUUUCUGCCAAACUUUUGCUGAAAUCCAAGCGCCAACCGGUGAAUGGAAACAACAUUUGGGUAUUGGUCUCAUCUUCGUCAGCAUGGCCAUUUGGAUUGCAGUUCUCAUGAACCUUUUCGUUUAUGAUGACUUGCCCGUCACCUUCGAUGAUGAGCACAAGAAGGCGCAAUUGAAGCGUAUGCUUGACUUGGAAGUCAAUCCUGUUACUGGUUUGGCCUCCAAAUGGGAUUACGAAAACAAGAAGUGGAAAUAAAUCAAAUAAGCUAAUUGUGUGAAAUAGUGCUGCCUCUGCAGUUAUUUAAUAAGUCUAAAGCAAUUCAAAUCUACAAAAUAUACCAUCAUUGCAAAGUAAAUUACGAUGUUAGUGUUAUUGUAAUAAAGCUUGUAAACAAAAUUUGAAUAAUAGAGUACAUUGUAAACUAUGCUAUAGCCAACUACAUAUGUGAAGCUAAAUGUGUUAAAUCAGAGCUUUAGUAAAUUUCUAAUGUUAAAACGACACAACAAACAAAGAGCGAGUAUUAUUAAAAUACAAACACAUUUAAAAAACUAAA